GCUUUUUUCGAGUGUUACACAAACGAAGUCAAUUGUCGAACGAAAAAAAACGGCUACUCGAACGAAUAAAAAAAAGCUCUCGAGUGUAAAAGCCCGUGAGAUAGGUGUUAAUGGAGGUGCAAUGCAAUUAAAACUUGGCCAUUAGCGUGUCAAAGCAGCCGAUAAUUGACGCGAAACGCGCAUAUCGAAUUAACGCGUGCUGCUCGCUGCAAAUCGCGUUAAUUAGCCCCUCUUUGCGUGUCAGAGCUUAUAUUUUCGGGCUAGGCUGCACUUAGGCACGCAAAACUACGAUAAGGCACGUCUUUAAACCUGAUGCGUUGCAAAGGCUCUCUAUGCGCAAACUGGAUUAGAUACAUUCGCCUGAGUAGUGAUAGUCAUAUGUCUAUAAGUUCUAGCAAUUUCUUGAUUUGCUCCACGUGUAAUCUAUUUAAAAUAUUGCUGAUGUAUGUUGGAACAUUAACGACAUUUCAUUCGCACAAGAUAUUUUUUCAACGAUCUACUGCUAAUCAUCCGGCUUAUUAUGUAUCUCCUAAUCUUCAUUGUAUCGAGUACGAUAUCUACACUAGAAAUAACUGCGGCGACUAUAUCACCAGCCAAUGCACUCACUAUUAAUCUAUGCAGUGCGAAUCAAACAAUAGUGACUCAUGUAUUCGCUGAGAACAGAGGCGAGUCGGGUACCAGUUGUACCUGCCAAGCGGUACCAUCUCGUGAACCGGUUGUUCGCGAGGACUACGUGCACACUCCUGGAAUUGGCUCGCACAAGAUACAUACUGAUGCCAAAAAUUGGAACGAUGCCAGGAAGAUUUGCAACGAUGAGAAUGCCCAUCUGGCUAUUAUCAAUUCUGCGGCUGAGGAGGCUAUCCUCGUCGACAUGUUAAAAAAAGCUGAGAAAAAAAUCAAAUUAGGUUUAAACGUGGAACAAGCACUGCUUGGCAUUCACGAUUUGUACAAAGAAGGCGAAUGGGUAACUUUGUUCGGGGAAUCGCUUCUAUCCACUGGAUUUUCAAAGUGGAAUCCAACUUACUGGGGUGGACAGCCGGAUAACUUUGAAAAUCGUCAGAAUUGCGGCGCGAUCAUUAACAUAGGUGGCAUGGAUGACGUCGACUGCCGUGAUAAGUUUGCCUUUUUCUGCGAGAUGCCUUUCCUGUGCUAGCUGCAACCAUUUACUCAUUUUACUUUAUUUACUCAUUUUACUAUAUUCCUAUAAGUUGUAGUUGUCAAACAAAGUCAGA